UAAACGUACAUUGUGAUCACUUUUAAUUGCGGUUGAAAGCACAAGAUUGGAAGAGCCGCCGUAGAACGUCUUACUUAAGAUGCACAGGGGCAAGGUCAUGGAGGUCAAUAGUUCAUGUGAUACAGCUCGACAAAAUGGCCGUUCUGAAAUACAUAAAGGUCCGGAACAAAUGUCCAGACAAAAUUUGUGAUUUUAAUCGCAGUAGGAAACACUUUAUUCCUACAUCUGGAACCAGAAGUUAAUGCUAGACAUACAAUUGUUGCAGAUCAUCCAUUACUGUAUGAACACAACACAAACCCAUUCUUCUGACAAAAAGGAAAUGAAUUUUAGCUGCAUGAGAUGACUGUUCUGCUGUUGGGCCAUUUUGCUUGUGUGUACAGGUAUGUGAAAACCAGUGUGUAAUGGAGAAUACUGAUGAAAACAUAUGUGUUGUUUGUGGAAAGAUGUGUCUGAAUGAAUGCAUCCUAAACAAUCAGCAGUGCACACAAACGAGAAAAAAGCCAUACAAGUGUGAUCUAUGUGGUAAAGACUUUGCUCAGUCAGCACAUCUAGAUACACAUUUCCGAACACAUACAGGAGAGACGCCUUUCAAAUGUGAUGUCUGUGGUAAGGAAUUUAGUGCAUCGUCGAAACUUUUGAGACAUUUCAGGUCUCAUACAGGAACAAGGCCUCACAAAUGUGAUUUCUGUGGUAAAGAAUUUAUAAGAAGAGACACAUUGCAGAAACAUAUAAGGACACAUACAGGAGAAAAGCCGUACAAAUGUGAUGUCUGUGGUAAGGGUUUUAGCCAGUCGUGUCACCUUCACACUCACUUCAUAACACAUACUGGAGAAAAGCCUUAUAAAUGUACAGUCUGUGGUAAGGUAUUUAGUCAGUCAUCUCACAUGCAGACACAUUUCAGGACACACAUUGGCGAAAGUCCUUUCAAGUGUGAUGUCUGUGGCAAGGAAUUCACAAGGCGUGAAUACUUACAGCUACAUAUGAUGACCCAUACAGGAGAGAAACCGUACAAAUGCGACGUCUGCGGAAAAGGAUUCACUCAGUCCUCUAACCUUCGUAGACAUUUAAGGUCGCAUACAAAAGAUAAACCUUAAUGAGGAUGAGGCGUCUACAGUGUUAAGAAAUUUACCACACUUUUCAGGCAAGAAGCACAUACUUGGUAAUAAGCCCAGGGCACUUAGUUGUAGUAAAUGUAUACAUUGACAUUAAGCAAUUUCAGAAAUCAAAUUACGCUUCAAAGGAUUAAAACCUGUCAAAAAAAUAGACAUGUUCUUUCAAACUAAAGAGGCAAAACUCAUUUUUCAGAGUCAAAAAAAUACUCGCUGAGGUCUACUGCUGCUGAGUGCCCUAAAGUUCACUCAUAUCUAUUGUUGUUUAGAGAUUUUACCAACAAACACUGUUUCAUUCUCCCAUAAAAGAAUUUUGUGUUUGUCCACAGGGCUUAUUGCAGAAUAUAUAGAUAUGGUAAUUUACAGGGUAUUUUGGAAGACCCCUUAAUUACAAGUGUCAAAACUGAAAGUGUCGAUUACUAUAGAAAUUACAGAAUGUCUCAUAUUUUAUCAUGUGAAUGUGAUGUUGUUCAGUAAACAUCCUUGUAAUAGUAUUAGGUAUUGAUGGAAUCAAUGCAUCAUUGCUUCAAGUGGUGAGUAGAUUGGCCCUUUUCCUUUAACAUAGAAACCUGAAUGUAUGCAGUGGAUUGCUAAAUAAGGGUGAGCUUAAAUCACCAAGAAUUAAUCUGAAUGGGAGAAGAAGGGUUCUGAACCUUCCUCCUGCUUGUUCAGAGUGACUCUUCUUGAGAUGAAUACCAUUAUUUAUUUGUCUGGAAAAGUGUUAAUGUAGUACAUUUAAAACAUAAUUUAUUCCUUCGCAUUUUUACACCGGACCAAAUCAUCAUAUAAUGAAAGGUAUGUUUACAAUUUUUAAGAAAAAGCUAUUAGUAUAAAAAAUAUCUGAUAUGAU